AUGGGACCAACGGUUCCACAACCACCUGUGGGCAUGCAGCCAGGAGCCGGUAUGUUUUACCAAGCGCAGCAAGCUGCUAUGAUGCAACAGGGACUGUCCAGGAUGCCUGGAACGGAGCAGUUUUCUUUGGGUCAGGGCUCAAUGAGCGGUGCACCAGCGUUUACAAGUGUGGACAUGGCUACGGCGGGGGCCAAAGUGUGGGUCCUGUGGGACCAGUCGGCGGCCAUGACGGCCAAGGACCCGCUGGAGGAGGGCAAGAUGCUGCAAGCCAGCAGCGCUUUGCAGCAGGCGGACCUGGCUACUAUGAUGGCGCUGCUUCACUCGCAGGGCGAAGCCCUGAGGCUUCUCGCCAUCUUGCGUCAAGCUUUUGCGGGCCAUGCGAGAGCGGACAUGAUUUUGCGUUCCUACAUAGAAGGGGCCGCGUAUGGAGAGAAUCUCCAGCGCAGCUCAGGGGACACGUGUGGCUUUGAAGCUUUGCGGCUUCUGGGCCAUGAAUUUUCCUUGCGCUCUCGUGCUGAAGCCGGCUAUUUUCGCGCAGAGUUUAUCAAACGCAGUUUUCGUGGAGAGUCUGCUGCUACCCAUGUCUCAGACAUAGUACGCAAAGUGGACGUGGAGUUGUCUCGCUACAAGAGGCUUGUAGAGACGCUCCCUAGCACAGUUUCGCGUGACGGCCUCGAAGUAGGCUCGUCUGAUCUCACCCUCAUGCUUUUAAGAUCCAUUUCUAAAGAUGCUAGAUCGUACUGUCUUUUGCACGCUACCGGAGAGUCAUACCAGGAGUUGCGAAAAGCAGCCCUGCACUAUGAAUCCCAACAGCGUAUGUUUGCAGAGAUGGGUCUGAAUGACCGACAAGAGCGGUAUGUAAAUGAGCUGGAUGAUCCCACUGCUGAUUGGUGGGAGGAUGAUGAGUGGUAUGAAGAGGAUUCUAUCCACUCUGUUUCUGCUGCCAAGUGCCAGCGUUGUGGCAAAACUGGCCACACUGAAAAGGACUGUAAAACAGACCUUUCCAAAGUACAGUGUUUUAAUUGCCACCAGUACGGUCAUAUUGGUGCUAGAUGUUCCAAGCCAAAGGCUAAAGCGAAGCCUUCUUCCGAGACCAGCAGUCAAAGUGGCAAAGCUACUGAGACGAACAGCGCUGGUAAAGGGAGUGGCAAAGGCCCCAAGGGCCGUGGCAAAGGCCCGAAAGGCCCGAAAGGCCGUGGCCGUUCUGGCAAGGGUGGUAAGAAGGGCAAAAUGCAUGAGGUGACGGAAGACGUUGAAGGUGAAGAUGGUGCGGAGGAUGCUGGGACUUACGAGGCUGGCGACUACGAAGCGGAAGAAGCUGAAGCAAACAGUUUGCCUGUGAUGCCUGUCCUCUUGGAUGAGGAGAGUGUCCAGGUCCCUACCACUUCUUUUCACAGUGCCGAAGGCACUAUGUACAGUUUCACUUCGUUUUUUGAUGCCUUGAUGAGUUACACAGCGUUUCUUGAUGCUUUGAUGGUGUCCCAGGUUGACACAGAUGACAGCUGGUCGUGGUGGCUGCUGGAUUCUGGUGCAUCCGUCACAGUGAUGGCCUCUCAUUUUGAGGGCUAUUAUGCUUUGUCGCACAUCAAAAGUGCUCAGAAGGGUAGUUUUUCUGCAGCCAAUGGUUCUGCAGUAGACAUGCAGAAACAUGCGCGCGCAACUGUUGCUUUCGAGACGGUCAAAAGCUUGGACUCUGAACAAACGGUUGCUACAAAGUUUGUGCUCAACUGUUUUGUCGGUAAGACGCGGCAUAACAUCAUGAGCGUUCCUCAGUUGAUGGAGAAUGGUUGGGAAAUCCAUUUCGUCAACGAUGGAACCGCUGAGGAGUUUGAAGUUGCUUCGAGCGGUGAUGCAGCUCAGCCUGCUUCAAGCAGUGCUGUGGCUGAAGCUGCCAAACGGCGUGAGGAGCGUCAAAAGCGACCAGCUGAGGACGCGCCUGAAUCCGGUACAGGGAGUGGUGAACCUCUCACUUUUCCAGUUCCUACGAUGCCAGACUUUGACAUGACUAGUGAGGAGCCUCUUAGUGUUCCUAUGGAAGUGGACAGUCUGUUGGACAUAUCCACUAUGAUUGACAGCUCUGACGGACUGACUGGACCAGAGCUUCUGGACCCGAACGUGUUUCAAGUUUCCGGAGUCUUGUUUGAGAGUUCUUCUCAAGUGCAAAGCAAGACCAUCAAGUUUUGUGGUUCCAAACUAAAAGUUUGGAAGCCUUCUGCUGCUGUCUCGGAUGUGACUAUGGCGCAUCUGGAUGGUGAAGCAACUUUUAAAGGGAUGCUCAAAGAGCUCGCAGGACUGGACGGCUGUAAAGCCGGAAAGCCGAUGAGCAAGGAGCAGGCUGAAGCCUACUGUACAGAACAUGGCAUUUCCGUUUUGGCCUCUCGUUGGGUGACCAAUGAGAAAGAGGACACCGACGGCACUGAAAUAGUGCGGUCACGGCUUGUCGUCAAAGAUUUUCGCGGCUCAAAGAGCGCGCGUUCUCUUGAAAUUUCAAGUCCGACGCCUUCGGUUGAAGCGUUGAGAACAGUCCUGGCGUAUGCAGGACGCAAUGAUUGGGAACUAGCAUCGUUAGAUGUUUCCCAAGCUUUCAUGCACACACCGCUGAAGCAGCGCAAAGCAUGUGUCAAAUUGCCGUUGUCAAUUAGCUUUCCGAAUGGGGAGCCUGUGUAUAUGGCAUUAGACCAAGCUCUCAAUGGGCUGCGCAUCUCUAGCCGUGCCUGGCUCGAGUACAUCACUAGUGACACCUUGGGUCCGCUGGGUCUUCGUGCUUGCGAACGCGAGCCGUGCCUUUUUAGUGGACUCGUUGAUGGUGUGGAGUGCCUAGUUCUACUUUAUGUCGACGACGUGCUGAUAGCAUGUCCUGAUCGCAAAGUCAUCGACAAGAUUUUUGCUGCGUUUCAGAGCAAAGUUCCUACCAAGUUGACUGGUAGAGUCUUUUGCUCCAAAGGGGGUGGUGGACACCUCCGCUUUCUCGGCAGAAAUAUCGAGAGGAGGCCAGGUGAAGCUACGCUGACUCUCUUUGUGGAUGCCUCGUAUCUCGAUUCAUGCUAUGAUGACUAUAAGUUGUCAGGGCGUGGAUCUGGUUCUUCCGCUUUUCCUGACAUUCGGGCGAUUUUGGAAAAGUCCAACAGUCCGGUGUUAUCGGCGGAGGCGUACGCCAAAUUUAGGCGUGUUUUGGGAAAGCUUGCAUGGUUCGCGCAAACGCGCGAGGACUUGCACAUAGCGAUUUCCCUUGUUUCUGUUGGACAGAGUGUUCCUACGGCUGCGCAUGAGGAAGCUCUACGUGCUCUUCUCAGGUUUUUACGUAGAGACGGGGAUGUGAGAGUACACUUUCCUUCUCCUGAGACGCUGAGUAGCGACUCUUUUCAGGAAGUUUCCGUGUUUUCGGAUGCUUCUUAUGCUCCUAUGCGAACGCUAGGGCGCAAGAGCUUCACGGGAGGUGUAAUUAUCCUCCAGGGGUCUCUCAUUAAAGCGCUUGCAAGACAGCAAGCCUCAGUGACGUUGAGCUCCUGCGAAGCAGAGUUGCAUGCUAUCCAGACGAUGACUCAAGAGUCUCUGGUGAUUUUGCAUGUUGUACAUAGAAUUUUGUCGAGUUUUCAAUGGCUGUCUAAGGCUGAAUGGCCGUAUAUGCAACUCUCGACAGAUUCAGAAUCCGCUCGUGUUUUAUUGAUGGGUGCUGAUCUACCCAAACGUUCGCGACAUAUCGAAAUUGGAGUUUUCUGGUUACGCGAGAUGAUUUCCAAAGGAUAUCUGCGUGUGACCUGGGGUAUAGGCACAGAAAACCCUGCCGACCUGUUUACGAAAUGUCUUCCAAUGUCUUUGUUCGUUCGCCAUAGGCGUGCGCUUGGCUUUCUGCCUCAUGAUGGACCUUCAGUGCAGGCAUUGUUGAGUUCCGACUGA